AUGUUCACUCGCUACGUUCUUCUCGCCCUCGCCACCUGCACUUCCCUUGUGGCGGCCCAUGGGGCCUUAGGUGGUAUUUUCAUCGAUGGUGUCUAUUAUCCUGGUCCCAACCCCAGUGGGGAUUCGGGCGAAUUUGUCAUUCGUGCCGUCAACGACAUCAACCCGGUCAAGGGUACCGACAAUCCCGAUAUGAACUGCGGUCACGGUGCCACAAAGGCCGCACGCGUCGCUCCCGCUAAUCCUGGCUCAGAAGUCGCCUUCACCUGGUUAAACGGUGAACGUGGACCAUGGGUCCACAACACUGGCGCUGUCAUGACCUACAUGGCCGCUUGCGGUAGUGAAGGAUGCGCUAAUUUCGAUUCUGCCAAUGCCCAGUUCUUCAAGAUUGGCGAGUUGGGUCGCAAGCCAGAGGGUGGCUACUACAUGGCUGAUCUCACCGGCGAGUUCAACAAGACUCUUAGUGUCACACUCCCCAAGAAUCUCCCUGCCGGUCAAUACCUCAUCCGUCACGAGCUCAUCGCCAUGCAAUUGGGCAUGUCUCCCGGAGGUGCCGAGUUCUACCCUGCCUGCGUCCAAAUCGACCUCAGUGGCCCAGAAGUCAGCUCUGCCGAGCUUCCCAAGGGAAGCGAUGUAGUCACAUUCCCUGGUGGCUACAGCGACACUGACCCAGGCAUCCUCGACCCCCACGUCUACGAUCCCGGAUACGAAUAUGUCUUCCCUGGCCCCAAGCUCAUCAACGACUCUGCCACCAGCGAGAACCCAUCCGGCUCUGGCUCUACUGAUACCCCCGCAUCCACGAGCAAUGGUACUCCCACUUCUAGCACCAGCGCUACUCCCAGCCCCACUGGCGGAUGCAACCAGAAGAGCAAGAAGGCCAAGCGUGAAGUCAAGCGCGUGUACAAGCGCAUCUUCCGCCAGGGACCCCUCAUCAACAAGAAGGCCCACAAGAGGGAAGUCGCAAAGGCCAUCCCUCAGCAGCGCUCCCAGCCUGAAUUCCCUGUGGCCCGCUCUCGCGUCAUGCGCGGAAUCUAA